UGAACAGGGCCUACAUGGGUCCUGGGAGGUUGGGAGGGAAGGUCAGGGGACUCACAUGGCUUCUCUCUUCUGCAGGCUCAGGGAAGGUGUGCAGGCAGGUAUAGCUGUCUCUCCUGGAUGCUGAGACUUGAGACCCAGAAAGAAGUCUCCCAUGGCUCCUUAUCACAUCCGCCAGUACCAGGACAGUGACCAUAAAAGUGUCCUGGAUGUGUUCACAAGGGGCAUGGAGGAGUACAUCCCCACCACCUUCCGCCACAUGCUGACGCUGCCCCGAACCCUCCUGCUCUUACUUGGAAUGCUGCUUGCCAUGGUCCUGGUGUCUGGCUCCUGGCUGCUGGCUAUUAUGUGCAUCUUCUUUCUGCUUCUACUCCUGCAGCUCCUUGCCAGACAGCCUUGGAAGGAAUAUGUGGCCAAGUGUUUGCACACAGACAUGGCUGACAUCACCAAGUCCUACCUGAAUGCACGUGGCUCCUGCUUCUGGGUGGCUGAGUCUGGUGGUCAGGUGGUAGGCAUAGUGGGUUGUCUGCCAGUCAAGAAUCCCCCAUUUGGAAGGAAGCAGCUGGAGCUCCUUCACCUGUCUGUGUCUUCACAGCACCGAGGACAGGGGAUAGCAAAAGCCCUGGUCAGAACUCUCCUCCAGUUUGCACGGGACCAGGGCUACAGUGAUGUUGUCCUUGACACCAGUGUCAUACAGCAAGGUGCUGAGACCCUCUACCUGAGCAUGGGCUUCCGGAGGACAGGCCAGUAUUUCAUGAGUAUGUUCUGGAGGUUAGUGGAUAUUCCUACAAUUCAAUUAAAGUAUUCCCUCCCUUCUGCCUAGGAAGUGGGGCUGGGACCUAUGCUCCUGUGCAGCAAGCAGGCCUGCUCCUCUCUAGAGGAACUAGUGAACCUUGUCAUGUCAGUGUGAUGAACAAUAAAAGCUCCUUGCUGGUGCCCACCAGA